GUGUUCUGUCACCUACCGCCGCGAGGGUAUAUAGUAGUACAUCGUUUUAUCAAAUGCGUUUCCGAGAGAAUCGUGUGGGAGAGAGCGCACUUCGACGCCCGAUCCGACGAUCAGUCCCCGUCGACAGCGUCGACGUUCGAGGUAUCCCUUCGGAACUUGGUGGCGAUCGCGUCCUAGUUUCCUGCCUAACGUGGAUGUCGUUUCCAAUUCUCAGGCGUGUCUCACGACGUGGUCAUCGUCCGCUAUGUACGAGGCAAGGGACAAGAAGCACCUGGGCUUCGAUAACGUCGUCUUCCAAGUAGACGAGCCUCAUCACGUCCUCGAGAAUGGCGGGAGGACGUAUUAUCCCGGGGACUCGACGAGCGCCUUGGACGUGCAGGUCGACGAACCGGGAAAGGAACGGGCGACAUGGAACAACAGCGUGGAGUUCCUCAUGUCGUGCAUCGCCGUGUCGGUCGGUUUCGGAAAUAUCUGGCGAUUUCCGUUCACGGCCUACGAGAACGGCGGCGGCGCCUUCCUCAUCCCGUACGUGAUCCUGCUGUUCCUGGUGGGGAAGCCAUUCUACUUCCUGGAGAUGAUCAUCGGACAGUUCUCCGGCAGAUCGUCCGUCAACGUUUGGCGCAUGUCGCCCGGUUUCGUCGGGGUCGGAUGGGCGCAAUUCUUCUCGACCGUCGCGCUAGCGACUUACUACAGCUCGCUGAUGGCACUGACACUGUACUACCUGAUCGCAUCCUUCUCCGUCGAAUUGCCCUGGGCCACUUGCCUGAAGGAAUGGGGUGACACGUGCGUCGACUCGAGCACCAAGAGAAACUACAGUGCCGAUCCCAGCACGACAGAAGGACACGUCGAUGUACUCGAUAAAUUCCUAAACGGGAGCAGCAAGCUUCAAAGUUCGGCCGAACUUUACUUUUCGCGAGCGGUGUUGCACGAGAAGGAGAGCAUCGACGACGGGAUCGGAUGGCCGAACUGGAAGCUGACUCUGUGCCUUCUUGGCAGCUGGGCGACGGUCUGCAUAGUCCUGUUCCGAGGUGUAAAAAGCUCCGGAAGGUUUUCCUACUUCCUAGCCAUUUUCCCGUACAUUGUGCUGAUCGCGCUGCUGGGGCGCGCGAUUACUUUGGACGGCGCGAUCAACGGGAUCUUCUACUUCGUCACCCCGAAAUGGUCGAAACUCCUGGAACCGACCGUCUGGUACGCCGCUGUUACCCAAUGCUUUUUCUCGCUCUCCGUUUGCUUCGGUAGCAUCAUCACAUACUCCUCGCACAACGGUUUCAAGCACAACAUUUACAGAGACGUCAUAAUAAUCACUUCGUUGGACACGAUUACGAGUAUGUUGGCCGGCUGCACGAUAUUCGGAAUUCUCGGCAAUCUGGCAUAUGAAUUAGGGAUAGAAGAUGUAUCCGAAGUGGUCAAGGGCGGAGCCGGCCUGGCAUUCGUGUCUUAUCCCGACGCAAUAGCAAAAUUUUCCGUUUUGCAGCAGUUAUUCGCCGUGCUUUUUUUCUUCAUGAUGUUUGUCCUUGGUGUCGGGAGCUUGGUGGGAAUGACCACGGGAAUCAUCACAGUAAUAAAUGAACAAUUUCCGAGUCUGAAAACUUGGCAAAUCGUAGUUCCAACCUGUUUAUUUAGUUUCUUAAUCGGUACGGUCUACAUCACACCGGGCGGACAGUUCAUUUUAACUUUAGUAGACUAUUAUGGAACAUCGUUCGUCGUUUUCAUUCUGGCGUCAUUCGAAAUGGCUGGAGUAAUAUGGGUUUAUGGUCUGGAGAAUUUUUUGGAAGACUUGGAAUUUAUGCUGGAUCGAAAACCAAGUAUAUACUGGAGAAUAUGUUGGUUUAUAGUAACGCCUUUAUUACUAAUAACAAUCUUUGUUUAUACCGUGGCUACGCUAUCGCCUUUGACUUAUGGUGGAGUAUCGUUGCCGGAAUCUGCGCAUGUCGCCGGAUGGACGAUACUUUGCCUCGGGGUUCUUCAAAUACCGUUGUGGAUGCUAAUCGCAAUGUGGAAGAAUCGGGAACUUUCAUUCGUACAGAUGUUAAAGAAAGCUUUUACACCCGCAAGCGAAUGGGGUCCGCGAGAGGUACAGCAGUGCAAGGAUUGGAAGAUCUUUAAAGAGGAAAGAAUGAGAAUCCGACAGAAGAGGAUUCAACCCAUCUGGAAGCAAAUAUUUUACAUUCUUUUAAACAAAGAACCAAUAUAGAAUGUGCAAUUUUGUACUGAGCUCGAGCU